UAAUCCAACUCCAGUCCACCUUAAUCCAACUCCAGUCCACUUUAAUCCCACUCCAAUCCACUGUAAUCCAACUCCAGUCCAUCUUAAUCCAACUCCAGUCCACUGUAAUCCAACUCUGGGCUGAUUUAAUCCAACUCCAGUCCAAUUUAAUCUAACUCCAGUCCGUAAACUCCGGUCCGGUUGGUGAGGUGUGAACACUAAUUGACGUCUGGUCCGGUUCGAUUGGCGGUACCAGAGACCGCUCCAAAAGCAGGAAGUGGACUACAGAGCUUGUUUUGGAAUUGGUUCCUGUUUGGUUUUUAGUUUGUUGCUGAAUUGAGCCAAACAAAUAAUUUUAACUUGACUUAGAGAACAGAGCAAAUAAAUCUCCUUUUAGCAAAGAUGUUGUGCCUUUCUGUGAGUUUAGGGAACAUUCCAGGUCCAGGUCAGACGUUCAGGUGAAGAGCAGCCAGUUGGGCUGGACCAGGUGAGACGGUGAUGAUGCUGACUGGUCAGCGGGGCGGUUUCUCUGAAGGGCUGCAGCUAUAAGUAGAGCGUCAGGCUGCGUGGCGCUGUGCAGACGGAGCUGGUUCUGUUCUGCAGCUGCUCCACAUGGACGAUUUGACUCUGUGCAGGAGUGAAAUGUGAAACACGGAUCAUGUUUUCUGUCUGAUUUACCGUGAAGCAGGAUGAUGAUGAUUAACUCCACAGAGGUUUUGUUUUUCACACUAACUGCCUACUUUCACUCUGAUGUUCUGAACUAUUUGUAUUUCACUGUUGUUCUGUGUCUGUAUGUCCUGAUCAUCGUCUCCAACGUCCUGCUGAUCGCGGUGAUCUGUGUGAACCGGAGCUUACAUGAACCCAUGUUCCUGUUCCUCUGCAGCCUGUUCGUGAACGAACUGUACGGCAGUUUGGGUUUGUUCCCCUUCCUGCUGGUCCAGAUCCUCUCUGACGUUCACAUCAUUCCUGCUCCGCUCUGCUUCCUGCAGAUCUACUGUGUUUACACCUACGCUCACAUCGAGUUCUGCAACCUGGCCAUCAUGUCGUACGACAGAUACCUGGCCAUCUGCCGCCCCCUGCAGUACCGCGCCCUGAUGACGCCGUCCCGGAUCGCCGGGCUGGUCGCGCUCACCUGGCUCUUCCCUCUCCUUGAAUCUGUGGCAGGAAUAUUAAUGACCGUCUCUCUGCAGCUCUGCGGAAACGUCAUCCAUAAAAUCUACUGUCACAACCACUCCAUCGUCAAGCUGGCCUGCGCCGCCACCACAGCCAGCAACGUUGGAGGAAUAGUUUACAUGUUCACCAUAAUCCUGGGGAUUAUCGUCUUAAUCCUUUAUUCAUAUGCUGAGAUCCUGAAAGUGUGUUUCUCUGGGUCCAAGCAGACCCGGCAGAAAGCGCUGAGCACCUGCGCGCCUCACCUGGCCUCCAUCCUGAACUUCUCCUUCGCGUGUUUCUUUGACCUGUUUCAGAGCAGGCUGGACGUGAGCGCGGUUCCCGGGGCGCUGCGGGUUGUUCUGUCGCUCUACUUCCUGACCUGCCAGCCGCUGCUCAACCCUCUGCUGUACGGACUCAACCUGUCAAAGAUCCGCAGCUUCAGCAAGCGGCUGGUUCUGGGUCGAGCUGAGCUUCCUGCACCGCAAAAACACUGAACGGUUCUGGUUUCCAGCCCAAAUGUGUUGAGACUGAAACUUGAUCUGAUGAUUACAGAUUUAGCUGGACGAUAAAGUUAUUGCAAUAAAUGAUAAUAUUGCUGCUUUUAAACCAUUUUCAAGUCAUAAGAUGCUGAUUGGAUCCUCAAAGAUAAUUAACUUUAAAUUCCAAUGAACAUGUAACACUGGAUAUGAAAAAUAUUAAAAAUACCCAAAAUAAAUAAACAAAACAACAAAUAAAAGAAUCAGAGUCUCUGUAAAAAUGAUCCUUUAACAAACCUGAGACAGAAGCAUCAGACUGAAGACUUUCAUCAUCAUCCAGUUUUUGAUAAACAAUAAAUUAUUGUGCAAACGGGAAUCAGAGAAAACGAACUUAAAGUAACUUUUCAGCAGGAGCUUCUUUUAGGUCAAUAAUUCAUGUUUUAAAAUUAUUGGUUCCACUGUUUGAUUAUUUCACUUACAUCAAGACGUUUCCCCAUAAAAAUGAAAUCAUCUGCCAGUGGAUC